CUCACCAGACGAGUGUGGGUGUGAACUGCGCAUGUGCAUGACCGAGCUCUAUCGGAAGCAAAGUCUGGCUUAACGAGGGGCUUCGCAUCAGGAACCAAAAGAUAACAGAGUCAUGUCGGGUUUCCUGGACGGGAUCCGGUGCGGAGACUGCGAGUGUAACGUGGACUGGGGAGAGAGAAGAAACACGAUCGCGUCCGUAGCCGCUGGAGUUCUGUUCUUCACCGGUUGGUGGAUCAUCAUCGAUGCGGCGGUGAAAUAUCCCGACGAGGGCCAGUUCCAUCAUGCCUAUCACACCUGUGGAGUCAUCGCCACGGUGGCCUUCCUCAUGAUAAAUGCGGUUUCAAAUGGCCAAGUGAGAGGAGACAGCUACAGCGAAGGCUGCAUCGGACAGACGGGCGCUCGAGUGUGGCUCUUCAUCGGCUUCAUGCUGGCUUUUGGCUCCCUCAUUGCCUCCAUGUGGAUUCUGUUUGGAGGAUUCGUAGUGCCUCAAAAGCCCGUCGUGUACCCCGGCAUUGCCGUUUUCUUCCAAAAUGCCUUCAUUUUCUUCGGGGGUUUGGUCUUCAAGUUUGGACGUACGGAGGACCUGUGGCAGUGAUGGACCACUGUUUAUACACUCUGCUUUCUAUCAUUGUAUGACACAGGAUGCUUUUGUGGCUAUCCACUUUAUCUAAACACCUUUUUAGCUUUACAAUUAACAUUUUUAAGUUAUAUUGUUUUGCAGUAUCAUGGCCCGACCAAAACAAAGUUUCCGCCAAAUGUUUUUUGAAUAUUUUCCAAAUGUGGCACAACAUAUUUAAAAGUGUCUAUUUGCACUCGGA